AUGUCGUUCUUCAAUAAUCUUAAAAAGGUGCUCCACCUCGGUGGCGGCAACGAUGCGAAGAAGAAGAAGGUGUUUAACAACAUACGGGACAACAGCGACCCGGCCGAGAACUGGGAGAUGAUAGGCGAGCUGGGCGAUGGAGCUUUCGGGAAGGUGUACAAGGCUCAACACAAGACGACCGGCCAACUGGCGGCGGCGAAGAUGUGCGUGCUCGACAACGAGGACGACCUCGCCGACUUCACCGUGGAGAUAGACAUACUGUCCGAGUGCCGCCACCCUAACGUUGUGGAAUUACACGAGGCCUACUUCAUAGAUAACAAGCUAUGGAUGUUACUGGAGUACUGCGACGGUGGCGCCCUCGAUUCUGUGAUGUCAGAACUGGAGAAGGGCCUGAACGAGGCGCAGAUAGCGUACGUGUGCAGGGAGAUGUGUAAGGGGCUGCAGUUCCUGCACUCGAGGCGCGUCAUACACAGGGACCUGAAGGCCGGCAACGUGCUCGCUACCAUGACGGGAGGAGUCAAACUAGCUGAUUUCGGCGUGUCAGCUAAGAACAAGUCUACACUGCAGAAACACGACACGUUCAUCGGCACGCCUUACUGGAUGGCGCCAGAAGUUGUACUCUGUGAGACGUUCAGAGAUCAUCCGUACGAUUUUAAGGUGGACAUUUGGUCAUUGGGCAUCACGCUGAUCGAGUUCGCUCAGAUGGAGCCGCCCCGCCCCCGCACACGCCCCCGCCGCCAAGAAACCGCCCGCGCCCCCGCCCCCGCAUGCCGCCAACGCAACGCCGCAACAGGCGCAGGUCAAACAGCUCGUCGAUCAGGUGUGUCGAGAAGCAGAAAAGGCGGUAGAAGAAAAGAAAGACAUGAUAAAAGACAGAAAUAG